AUGUCGGCCUCUCCCGCGUCCAACACGGACACCGGCGAGCUGCUCGCCCCGCUGCCGCCGCCGCCCAAGCCCACCCAGCAGAACCCUGCCCAGCAGCAGGCCAAGCGCAAGGCCUCCGCCGCCGGCAUGGACAACCACGGCACCGGCCGCAGCGUCAAGAGGAGGGCGUCCAAGGCGUGCCAGUGCUGCCGCGCGCGGAAGGUGCGCUGCAACGUCACCGAGCACGGCGCGCCGUGCACCAACUGCAGGCUCGACGAGGUCGAGUGCAUCGUGUCCGAGUCCCGGAGGAAAAAGAAGUGGUCCAGAGACGACGACGCCUCCAAGACUACCAACGACGCCGAUGUCGCCACCGCCGCCAAUGGCUCUGGCAAGCGCAGGCUCGCCUCCCGCGACGCCCUCGACGGCCUCUCGUCUCUCAAGAACGGCGCCUCCAGCAGCGUCGACCUGUCGACGGAUGAGCACGUGCCGCACUCGAUAUAUGCAUCACAUGGCCAGCGUCUCAACUACAGCUUUUCCGAGCUGAACCGCCGCAUGUCGACGGCUUCCUCCACCGGAACCGGGUUUCCGAUCCUGGGCUACAGCCCAGUCUCUACCGACGCGAAAUUGCAGCAGCCGUUCUUCGCCAACAUCGCGCCCAAGGCGAAUGCUGUCUUCAGCCUCCCUGCGUACAUCAAGCCGCUGCCAUCGCGGAUAGGGCCCGAUGAGAUUGCCUAUCUCCAGAAGAAGGGUGCGCUAACAAUCCCUACCCUCGAGCUGAAGACCGAACUCCUCCGCGCCUAUGUCGAAUUCGUGCACCCUUACAUGCCUCUGCUGGAUUUGCAUGAAUUCCUGCGCAUCAUCGAUUGCCAAGAUGGUAGCCAGGGCAAGAUGAGCUUGAUCCUGUUCCAAGCCGUGAUGUUUGCUGGUUCGGCAUUUGCGGAUUUCAAAUACCUUCGUAAGGCUGGUUACUCGAAUCGCAAAGAGGCGCGCAAAGACUUCUUUCAGAAGACAAGGCUUUUGUACGACUUCGACUAUGAACAAGACCGCGUGUCUCUCGUGCAGGCGCUUCUCCUCCUCACAUACUACUACGAGACUCCCGACGACCAAAAAGACACCUGGCACUGGAUGGGUGUCGCGACGUCGGUUGCGCACACAAUAGGCCUGCACCGCAACCCCGACAAAGCCAACAUGGAUCCCAGGCGGAUAAAGCUUUGGAAGCGGAUUUGGUGGUCGACUUACAUGCGUGACCGUCUCAUCGCUCUGGGUAUGCGGAGACCGACGAGGAUAAAGGACGAGGAUUACGACGUGCCGCUGUUGACACUCGACGACUUUGAAAUCGCCGCCGUGCCUGACAGCAUAUCCUGCAUUCCCGCCGACUGCGUUGUUGCACGCGAUGUCGCACUGCAGCGCCAGUUGGCCGUCUGCUGCAUCCAAAAGGCUAAACUGUGCCUCUGCAUCAGCCACGUGCUCUCGAAGCAGUACUGCGUUUUGAACAACAAUCAAGGUCUUCUCAACGACCGCACCACCAUGAUGCUGUUGCCCAAGAAGCUUGACCCUCAAAAGUCGGACGUCAAGCACUGUGAUGCCGAGUUGAAAAAGUGGAAAGACGAGCUCCCGGACGAGGCAAAGUACGAGGAGGCAUCCAGCGGGAACAGGUCCAUCGACCUCCACAAAUCUCUCCUGCACAUGGUCUUCUAUACCACUCUGUCGGCACUCCACCGCCCUCAAGUGCUUCCCUCUGCGCCUGUGAACGGUUGUCCUGAGCAGGAUGCAAAUGGAGUCCUCGAGUCAUCUCGUCGCCACGUUCGCACUGCUGCUACGGCCAUCACGGGUAUUGCGCAGAAGCUGGACUCGCUCGAUCUCGUUCGCUUCCUUCCGACCACGGGUGUGACGGUGCUGCUUCCUGCCAUCAUCAUCCACCUGUUGGACAUCAAGUCGCCGGAUGAAGAAACGCGCCGGUCCAGCCUCCGCGGCUUCUGUCAAUGCAUGCAGGUCAUGGGCAAGCUGCGGGACUUGUACGCCGCCGCAGACUACAGCACCGCAUUCUUGGAGGCUGCCAUCCGGAAGGCUGGCAUUUCGAUUGCGCCGAUCCCUCCACCGCCAGCACCACCUGCAUCGGUGCAAACGGCGCCCACUAAGCAGCAACAGCAGGCCGAAGCCACUGGCGUCGACGAUCUCCUCGACGCUGGCCAUCGCAUGGACACAAGCGGAAAUGUUGCGCCGUACAACACCAUCACUCCCCCGCCGGAUAGCUUGGUCGAGGACGGCGCCAACGGGCGCUCGGGCGUGUCGGACCCGAACAACACUUCGGAUGAGGAGGUCGCUCGGCGUCUCGAAACGUUCCUGGCCAGUACGCCGCCCGCAUCGGACCACCACGCCUCGGACGCGUCGCAGCCGGACGUCGACGGCGUCAACAACAAUCUCAACGGGCACAAUGACGCGUGCGGCGCGGAGCAUGGCAGUGUUGACAUGAGCGGUGCGUCGGACAGCAACCAGAUGUUCCCAUGGCCAAACUUCACGCUCGACGACGGUAGCGGCGAUACCAACUCGUUCUGCGGCAAGAUUGACGGGCUCACUGGUUUCGAGAGCGGCGCUGGCGCAGGUACGCUGGAAGACGGAGGGCUGGCGGUUGAUUUUGACGCGUUGAUGAACACGGAUGCGAUGGGCGACGCCUGUGCGAGCUUCUCGUUCAACGAUUUUGGCACAAACGAUGAGGGGGAGCACGGGAAUGGGCUGAGCGGAUUUGGCGGCGAAGGGCUCGAUGUGGGUGUUGCGAGUGUUGAUUGGAUGAAGGGGAUGGCAUGA